AUGUUACCGGUCGGCGAGACGCUGUUGCGAGCAACCGUCAAGAUCCAGACGGCGGACGUCGGCAGCACGGUGACGUUCGUCUACGACGCGACGAUUAAACCGUCACAAUCAUCGCCGUCCCCCUGCCCUUCCCCCUCCCCCUACCCCUCUCCUUCUCCGCCGUCCCCCUCUCCGCCGUCCCCCUCUCCGCCGUCCCCCUCUCCGCCGUCCCCCUCUCCGCCGUCCCUCUCUCCGCCUCCCAACUACCCCUCCCCUCCUCCGCCUCCUAACUACCCGCCUGUUAACCAACCACCGCCCACCACCGGUAAUAGCACGUCAGGGAACAACACGUCUGGUGCUAAUAACGCUUCGCUCUCGACCAUCUCCAACCCGUCCCUCGCUUUUCAACACGAUUUCGUCUCACAUGCCGUCAACAACCAGCCUUCCGCCGUAAAAAUCUCGCCACGUCGUCUCACGCGUGCUGCUGCCAGCUCAGCAUCCCGCGACGAUGACGUGGACUCGCAGCUGGACCGCCGGAGCGUCCUGCUGUCAAUGGCCGCCGUUGCGCUUUCUCCCAUGGUACCCGUUAGUGAAGCGUCCGCUAUAACGGUUCCGAAGCAGGUUGGGGCGUUUCUACCGAAAUCCGAGGAUGGCGAUUUUGUCAUAUUCACUCCGGGAAUGAAGGACACGCCUGCUCUUAGAGCAGGCAACGUGUCCCCUUACACGUUCAACAUCCCGCCCACGUGGACACAGUCGCGCAUUGCCAACAUCCUCUCGGGCAACUACUGCCAGCCCAAGUGUGCCGAGCCGUGGAUUGAAGUAAAGUUCGAGGACCCUCGGGAGGGCUUGCUGCAGGUGGUGGCAUCACCCAUGGUGCGCCUGACCAACAAGCUCGAACUGCCCAUAGAGGAGAUCGGCACCCCAGAACGCAUCAUAGCUGCGCUCGGCCCGUUCGUGACGGGCGACUCGUACGACCCUGACGAAGUUGUUGACACACGCAUUCGCAAGGAAGGCGACCAGACUUACUACGAGUACUACAUGGAGACGCCCUAUGCCCGUUCGGGCGCCUACAACCUGGCAUCUGCCACGGCCAAGGGCAGCACCGUGCUGCUGCUGGUGAUCAGUGCGAACGACAAGCAGUGGGCUUCGGGUGAAGCCAAGCUCAGAAAAAUGCUCAACUCGUUUAGUGUGUGA